AUGGCCGAACAAUGUGGUUAUGACAAGGAGUCUGUGGUGUUCUGGCACAAGUAUGGUUUAACCCUUUAUAAGGUUCGAUUAGUUGGUAGCAAUAUUGAAGUAGCUAAACUUGCUACUUGCAUUCCAAAGGAUAGAGUGAUUGAGAUGUAUUUUGAACAUUUGAAUUUCUAUCAUGAUGAUCAUCAACAUUGCGAGAAGACGGGAAUGGAUUCUUUGCCAAUAAAUUUUGAUUAUUCAUUAGAGGAAGAUGAUAUAUUAUUUUCUAAAUAUAUUGAUCCUUCUGUUGAAUCUUUUGGGAUCAAUAUAAAUCAGAGGCAUGAGAAAAAUGAUGAAAAUCAAGAUUAUGUAAAUGAAAAGAUGCAAAAUGUGGAAGGUGAUUCGGAUUAUGUAGAUUCUGAUGAUACAGGGAGUUUAAAUAGUGAUUGCAAUUCUGAAAAUGAAGAUUCUAACUUUCCGAAGCACAAUCCAAAAUCGGAUGCCAUUAAUCCCAAAUUGGAGUUGGGAAUGAUAUUCGGUAAUAAGAAAGAAUUCAAAGAAGCUGUGAUUGUAAAUCAAGCCAAAAUAGGAAAGUCAAUUGAGUGGAUCAAAGAUGACAGAAGAAGAGCAAGGGCUAAAUGCAGGAAAAAUGGAUGUAACUGGAGGAUAUUGGGCUCAUCGAUGCAAAGGGACACAUCUUUUCAAAUAAAGACGUUUGUCCCCAAGCAUACUUGUUUUGGGUGGAAUUAUAACAACAAAAAUAUCACUUCCAGUUGGAUUGCAAAGAGGUAUGUUGAUAGAGUUAGAUCAAAAAAGAAUUGGAAAACAUCAGAAUUUAGAGACAAAUUGAGUAGGGAAUUACGGCUACACGUAAGUAUGAAUCAAGCAAGAAGGGUAAAGGAAAAGGCUAUUGCAAUGAUCGAUGGAGAUAUAAAUGUUCAGUUUAGUAUAUUAUGGAAUUAUUGCAAUGAAAUUGUUCGAACCAAUCUUGGGACUUCCGUUUUCCUGAAAGUAACUCCAAAUGAGAUACCUAACAAGUUGAUGAGAUUUCAAAGGUUUUAUAUUUGUUUUGCAGCAUGUAAAGUAGGAUUCAAGGCUGGUUGUAGAAAGAUUGUUGGGGUCGAUGGGUGUUGGCUGAAGGCCACCAUGUAUGGGGCACAGUUAUUAUCAGCGAUUACUUUGGAUGGAAAUAACAACAUCUUUCCAAUAGGUUAUGCAAUAGUUGAGAAGGAAAAUAAGGAAACAUGGCGUUGGUUUUUAACAUAUUUAAUUAACGACCUUGAAAUUGAAGAGCAAUACUUGUGGACUUUUAUGUCAGAUAAGCAAAAGGGACUUCUUGAAGCUUUUGAAUUAGUGUUGCCUGAUGUUUCUCAUAGAUUUUGUGUGCGACACUUGCAUAACAAUUUCAAGAAAGCUGGGUUUUGUGGAAUGACAUUAAAAAAUGCUCUUUGGAAGGCAGCUUUAGCAACAACUAUUAACAGGUUUGAUGCUUCUAUGGCUGAUUUGUUUGAGUUAGAUAGAGAUGCUUAUGCAUGGCUUUCUACGAAAUUGCCUAGUGAAUGGGAGAAAGCUAAAAAGUGGAAUUUGGGUGAUAUUUGUCCUACUAUUAAGAAGAAGUUGACUAAAAUUAUGGAGGAUGCUGCCACUUAUAUUCCUAAAAAGUUGAAUAUGUGGAACUAUGAAGUGAUUGGACCUGUUGAAGGUGAUAUUUGGGUUGUUGAUUUAUAUAACAGGACAUGUAGUUGUAGGCAAUGGGAACUUUCGGGUAUCCCUUGUAAGCAUGCUAUAUCAUCUAUUUGGUUAGAAAAGGCAAAUCUCAAGUCAGUCAUCAAAGUUACAUUUUCCAAACAUCCCAAAACGGCAGGAACGAUUGAAGAAAUUACUUCUUUUUGA